AUGACGGAGGAAGGUGAAGUACGAGAAUGUCCAGUUUGCCGUGCAAAGACACAUCUUGUACCAUUACCAUGCUGUGAUGAUUGUUCUAACUCAUUAAAAAACUCCGAAAUUGCUUUAAACCCAGAGUUUAUGCCUACAGAACUCCAGCCAAUCAUAAAAUCAGAAGUUUUGGAAGAUAUGAGUCUUGCAAUUGCACACUCUAACUAUGCAGAUGUAGGAUGUCUUGCUCCAAAAUCCACAAAAAAGAAAUCGAAGUAUUACAAGUCAGCCAAUGAUUGGGUAGAAUUAAUGAGCGAACUCGAUGAACAAACAAAUUCACCAGCUAUACCUUUGGAUAAAGCAGAAGCAACACCAGGAAUCAGAUGGGCGACUUAUAUUUCUUUCUUCAUCAACUUUUCACUACUGAUCGGAAAAGCCGUUGCUGUUUCAGCUUCCACAUCAUACACAUUGAUUUCUUCCCUUGCUGAUUCGUGUCUUGAUAUUAUUGCAGGAACAAUUAUAUCUUGCACUGCAAAACAUUCGAAAUUCACAAGAGAAGAUUUAGACAGAUAUCCAGUUGGAAAAUCCCGCAUUGCUACUGUUGGACUUUUGGUAUUUAGUGUUUUAAUGUCUUGUUGCGCAGCCUACAUCAUAAUUGAGUGCGUACAGUCACUCAUCAAGAAGCAAGUACCAGGAAAAGAAUCCGUGAUUUCAAUGAUCAUCAUGGGCGUUACAAUUUUUGUAAAAUUAACAAUGGCAAUCGUUUAUUACCUUCUUGGCCAUCCAAUUACACAAGCUCUUGCCGAGGAUCACAGGAAUGAUGUAAUUACAAAUGCGAUCGGCCUCUUUAUGUACUGGGGCGGUCACAAAUUAGGAUGGUGGAUGGAUUCAACCGGCGGCAUCAUUCUUUCAACAUUUAUCCUUGUUUCAUGGAUAAUGAAUGCCAAAGAAAACGCUACAAUGCUAAUGGGAACAACAGCACCACCAGAUAUCAUCAGAUCUUUAACAUACGUCGCUGCAAAUCAUCAUCCAUUGAUUCUCAGUGUUGAACAUGUCAUUGCAUUCCAGGUAGGACCUCUCUACUUUGCAGAAUUGCACAUUGUCGUUCCAGGCCAUAUUCCUAUCGGCGUGGCCCAUUGGAUAGGCGAAAGCCUGCAACUAAAGAUCGAAAGAAUCCCAGAUAUCGAACGCGCUUGGGUUCAUGUUGAUUGUGAAACUCAUAAUGAAAACGAGCACGUUCUUUUCAUGAAGGCUAACGGAAAACUCGAACACAAGCAACACAGCAGUGAAGUCGAGGAUGAAACACCUGUUGGCCCAUAA